ACCCUGGGUAGCUUGUCAGACAUGGACGUUCAUUGUGAGACCGAAUAGGUAGAUCCAUUCGUGCAACUGCUGGCUGAAUAGAAAGGUAGUAUUGUCGAUGGUGUAAACAGUUGAGGAACGUUUGACAGUCGCCUUACUUUGGUAGGGUAGACCAUGGAGGAACAGAAUCAACUCAGUAUUUUCCGGAUAGCUCUCUAGGGGAAAUGGACGAUAUAUAACACUGCUCAAUCCAGCAUACCUGACGAUCUCAAGAUUUCAAGGCGCUGUCAAUGAUGCAUGGACUACAAAUCAUAGGGGCCUUGCCUUUACUUGCGGCUGCAUAUCUUACCUCUCAGGUAACACAUGCAGAUAAAGUGGCCGUCGAUUUGAACGUCUUCCGCUUGGUUUCCAAUACUGAGUAUGUCAAUUCGUUCGCUACGCCCACCGAAACCCUGGCAGUCGCAUCAUUCGAAGGGAACUAUACCGACACGGCAGCUCGACUGGUUCAAGAGAUUGCUCCUGGAGCAAGCUUUCGUCUUGUCGAAGACCACUAUAUUGGCGACAACGGGAUUGCUCAUGUGUACUUUCGACAGACCGUUCAUAAUAUAGACAUUGACAAUGCUGAUUUCAAUGUUAACAUUGGGAAAGAUGGAAAGGUCUUCUCGUUUGGCAAUUCAUUCUUUACAGGGGCUUUACCUCAGACCAACCCGCUCGACCACGAGUUCUCAGGGCCAGUGGCUGCUCUCAUAGGAGUCACCGACGCUUUGCGGCUGCCGGUAGCCAUCAACGACGUUUCUGCACAGGCCGCCGACGAGCAAAAUACUUACAUCUUCCGAGGCACAUCCGGCGCAGUAUCGGAUCCAUUGGCAAAAUUGGUGUAUUUUGUCAAGCCUGGCGGGGGCCUCGUCCUGACAUGGAGGAUCGAGACGGACGUCGACGAGCACUGGCUCUUGACGUAUAUAGAUGCACUGACUUCCUCCACGGUCCAUGGUGUGAUUGACUACGUGGCCGAGGCAACAUAUCAACUGACCAUACGCAUUCCCUGGGGUGUGACUGAUCCCACAGAGGGCAAUCGAACCAUUGUCACCGAUCCCUGGGACCGAUCCACAUCGGCAUUCACCUGGAUCGGCGAUGGGCGAAGGAACUACACAACCACCAGAGGAAAUAAUGCCAUUGCGCAAUGGAACCCUAGUGGGGGCAGCUCCUACCUGUUCAACCAGCGCCCGUCUGACGCCAAUCUGAUUUUCCAAUGGCCGUACUCGGUCAACAUGACCCCUCCAUUGUCCUACAUUAACGCAUCCAUCGUCCAGCUGUUCUACACGGCCAACACCUACCACGACCUUCUAUAUACGCUCGGCUUCACCGAAACGGCCGGAAACUUCGAGUACAACAACGACAACCAUGGUGGUCGAGGUCGAGACUACGUGAUCCUCAACGCACAGGAUGGAUCCGGAGUCAAUAACGCAAACUUUGCGAGUCCCCCGGACGGUAUCCCCGGUCGCAUGCGCAUGUUCAUAUGGACCGAAUCUACUGUGCCCCGCGACGGAGUUUUCGAUGCGGCCAUUGUAAUUCACGAAUAUACUCACGGUGUAUCUACACGCCUCACCGGCGGACCCUACAACUCGGGCUGCCUCAACGCCCUCGAGUCCGGCGGCAUGGGCGAAGGCUGGGGCGACUUUAUGGGGUUAGCGAUCCGGCUCAAGCCAAACGACACGCGAGACGCCUCAUAUACAGUGGGUGCCUGGUCCGCCAACGAUGACGCCGGUGUUCGCGACUACCCGUAUUCCACCUCCUUCGAGGAAAACCCCUUAAACUACACCAGCGUCAAUUACCUCCAAGGCGUCCACGACAUCGGCACUGUCUGGGCCACGAUGCUCUACGAGGUGAUGUGGAAUCUGAUCGAGAAGCACGGGAAGAACGAUGCUCCUAGACCAGAAUUCAGUAACGGUGUGCCCACGGAUGGGAAGUAUCUUUCCAUGAAGCUAGUGUUGGAUGGAAUGGCGCUACAACCAUGCAACCCGAACUUCAUCCAAGCCCGGGAUGCUAUCCUUGAUGCAGACGUUGCUCUGACGGGUGGUAAGAAUAAGUGUGAGAUCUGGACGGGAUUCGCAAAGCGGGGAUUAGGAUCCGGGGCGGUUUAUCAUCGGGUUCGUCGGAUGGGGAGCACUACUAUUCCUGUGGGGGUAUGCUAG